AUGCUGGAUGAUUCUAGAAACUUCCAACAAACACCUCCGCAACAUUUAGUCAGCAACGACAAAAUCGCUGCCCAGCAGCGCCUGCAGCCUCUGCCGCUGCCACUAAAUUUAGACACGAGACGCUUCUUGGUUCAGUCGCCUAAGUAUAGGCAGAGGAUUCAUUUCCCGACAACGUUUCUGCAGCAGCAGCAGAGACAGCAGCAGAGACAACAGCAACAACAGUUGAUGCAACAGUAUCGACAGAAUCAGUUGCUGAAAAAUUCCUCUCAACCGCCUCAGUCGCAACUUCCUCAGAAACCGCAACAGCUGCAGCAUGAUUUUAGAUACAAAAAUGAGAAGUUACGAGACAAGUUGGAAACAAAACAGCAACAUCAGCAACAAGAUCAAAAUGGCUUCCCAACAAAUCAACAAUUUUCUCAACAGUGCCCUUCCUACAACAACAACAGCAACAACAACAACAACCCGACGAACGCCAUCUCUAUAGACACAAGCACACGCAACAACAACAUCAACAAUAACAACAUAGAUGACAAGAACAGCAACAACAGCAGACAACAACAAUUUCAGCAGCAGCAGCAACAACAACAACUUCGGCAGCAAAAACAACAACUUUUUCAGAAACACAAUUAUGCUGAUGAUGAAUCAUUGUUAGAGUACCACUACAGCCUAAAUUGCGACCCGAACGUCCAGCAACAACAUCGUGAACGCUUCCUUAUGAAACUGCAACAACGACAACUACAGCAACAUCAGCAGAAACUACAAAAACAACAGCAACAACUCUUACAGCAGCAGCAGCAGCAGCAAGCACUUCUUUUGAAACAGAAGGAAUCAAUCUCUUUACAAGAAGAACUGCAAAAGGAGCAUCAGCAACAACAGGAGAUUCUACUGAAAGAACUGAGACAGAAAAACUUAUUUGGGCCAAAAUCACAUCCCUACCGUCACCGCCAACAACAACCUCAGCAGCAACAGCAGCAGCAGCAGCAACCACAAAGACCACAACAGUCGCCAUCGUAUUGCGCGGAGCGUGGCUCUCCAUACAGUUCAGUGAUGGUCAUGCUGUCGAGUUGUCAGUUAUUCAACGAGGCCAGCAAGCAUCCAUUCACCGUUCACUCCCCAUCACCGUCGUCUACGUCAUCGUCCCCCUCAUCAAUACCCAACAAUAGCGUUGGUAGAAAUUUCAAAACGCCCGCGUCUGCCCUAGCUAGCAGUGUGGUCAGUGGGGUCGGUGCUGGGGGCACCAACAAGCUCAGAAGAAGCAACUCAGCCCUCAGCUGCUCGACUACGGAAGACGGCGAUGAAGAUAUCGACGACCAAUCGCUAGCUGUGGUCGGUUGUCAAUCGAAUGGUGGCCCUGACGACAGCCACGAGUGCGACGAUGGUGAGGAUGGGGAGAAUUCCUCAAGAAUCUCGCUGAUAAACUUCAUAGACUCGGAUGAGCAGAAAAUUCUAACUGAGAAUUACUGGCUGAAGAAUGGCCUGCUGCCGGAUGAGAGUCUCAUGCUCCUGGAUAGCCAUUUUGAGGUCAUCAACAAGGUCGUAGCUGCUUAUGAGAAGUUUCUCGAUUGUGGUACCAACACUAAUCUGGCUCUGGAGAAAGAAUUAAACAACUGGAAUACAAGGCACAAAGAACCGAUCCAAUGUUCAAUGUCAUUGCCAGAAUGGAUACAGGUCAAGGUCAUACCCGUUUAUACCUUCGCCUCUAUUACGUACUGCAAGAAUUUGCCAGGUUUCACGGAACUCAACCUUGCAGACCAAGCAACUCUAAUCAGGCUCGGUCAAACGCAGAGUAGAAUAAUGGUGGCAGCCAAUCAUUGGUUUGACCCAGUUAAAGGGGAUUUCAUCCAGUUUCUGUCAUGGCGAACAAAGGAUCUAUUCAAGGAGCGACUCAUCUGCUACGCUAAGAAAAUUAAAAAUCUGAAGUUGGACCUUAUAGAGUCUGCUCUCUUCAAUGCCCUUGUCAUUGUAGCAGCCGAUUACCCUGGACUCGAGGAUCCAGAUUGCAUCAACAGGAUGAGGCAGAAGUUACUCCUGCCAUUCCGAGCCUAUACCACUGCGAAGUAUGGAACGCCGAACCAAAGACUGGAAUUAUUGUUUAGUCACGUGCCGGAAACACGCCAACUAGGCUUUCUGCACUACAAGAUGACCAUGAAGGCCAGUCUGAAAGCCGAAGAGGUCGAGAAAAAUGGCGACGGUUGCAAGAUGGAGGGCAGCGGUGCUGGUGAUCAUGAUGACGAUCGAGGGUGA